AUGUCUCCAUUUGAGGAUCUCUUGACAGGUCCUGAUAUUGCGUCGGCCGUGCAUCUCACACGAUGUCUCCACGUCCACGCAGCGCCAUCGCAUUGGAAAACAGACGUACUCGAGGUAUCCAAUCCUACUGUGGCCGAGUCUGGAGCGGGAUCCAUCCGCUUCGGAAAUGUCGUCGGCGGCACGCCGGUCGCAGAGAACCGUUGCCACUCCACAGCUCUCUUCAGCUGCUCCUCGGCCCUCGUCCGCCACUCCAUGGCUCUCUUCCGACGCUCCGCGGCAUUCUUCAGCCGAUUCUCAGCCAUUUCUGCCCCUCGUCGGGGUGCCACGCAGCGGCACAGUAUCAACCUACUUCCGAAUGCUUCGGUGCUGUUAUACUCGUACACCGGGACUCGAGUCUUCGACACUGCGGCGCUCAUCGACCCGUGUACGCCUACGAGCUGCAUCGACUCCUCGCUAGCGACGAGUUUCCGCUUGCCGACUACCAACGUGGGAGGCGAACAGAUUUGUUCGGCAAUCGUGGGGUCUAAGAUCGACAGCGCUGUCCGGCUCGACGUCAUCUUUAAAAUAGAGCGGACCCACUUCCUGGAUAUUACGCUGGCUGACGACCGUUUCCCCGCGACGAUCUCCACCAUCCUGGGCGCGGAUAUGUAUCCGAGCGUGAAGCGGUCGGCAGAGCACCGUGUUUGGAUGGGUCGGGUACGGAGCCUGCUACCAGGCCACUUUUUAUUUAUUUAUUCAUUUUUUCAGACUGGUACUCUUACUGAAGAUGGACUGGAUAUGUGGGGGGUUGUGCCAAAAUCAUCAACUAAUCAAUUUCAAAUACCCUUAAAAGAUGUGGAGCGUCUGCCUUAUGAUCAUUUUCUUUUCUGCAUGGUAACGUGUCAUUCUAUCACAGUAAUGAAAGGCACAAUGAUGGGAGAUCCGUUGGAUUUAAAAAUGUUUCAAUCAACGGGUUGGACACUAGAAGAUUCUAGUAACAUACCAGAUAAUGAGAAAUAUGGUAUUAUUUACCCAACAAUUUUAAGACAACCAAGAAUUUGUGGAUCCGAUUCUACUUCCCUAGAUAUGGGAACUAAAGCUCAAAUUAAACGACAAUCCUCUGUAGACGAUUUACUUGCCACUGUUGGCAUCUCGCAUACUCAAAAGAAUUUUGAUCAUGGUAUCGUUCGAGAAUUUCCAUUUACGUCGAGUCUUCAGCGAAUGUCUGUUAUUACUCGUUGUCUCAGCGACCAAGUGUUUAAUAUUUACUGCAAAGGUUCCCCUGAGAUGUUGCAAAAGCUGUGCACUCCGCAAAGCUUACCCGACAAUUACUCCCAGCAAUUAUCGGCAUUUGCCAAAAAAGGAUACCGAGUUAUUGCCAUUGCCUUCAAAGCUCUUGCCCACAAGAUGAACUAUACAAAAAUACAGCGACUAUCCCGCGAAGAGGUUGAAAACAAUCUGGAAUUUCUUGGGUUCGUUAUACUUGAAAACCGUCUAAAACAUGAUACUGCUAAAGUUAUCAGUGCUCUAAACUCAGCCAAUAUUCGAACUAUUAUGAUAACUGGCGAUAACAUAUUAACCGCCAUGAGCGUUGCUCGUGACUGUGGCAUCGUAAGUACAUCACAAGCAGUUAUUACAGUGCACGCAGAUUCCCUUAAUGAUGGUGCGCAUACUCAGACCAACCCCACUGGAUCUGAAUGUAUUGUUGAUAAAAAUCAAGAUAUACACUACAAGUUACAGUAUACUUUAGAUUUGGGAAGUAAAAUCUCUUCGUCUUCUCAUUUGACAUCGACUGCUAAUGGUAAUGUUUUUCCCAACGAAAAUGGUACAAGUGUAUGUAGCGUCGAUGAUGCUUCAACACUUUUUCGCCUAGAGUCGACAAAUUCAUUAGUUAAUGAAUUGAGCUCAAGUUAUGCAGAAAGUGUUUUGCCGACAAGUGAUAGUUUGGCCAGUGUAAAGACCACCGACACUUGGACCCACAAUGAGGGAUCCGAUAUUGAUGUUGAGCUCGGAAUAAAACGCCCACAAGACGAAAGCUGGCGCCAACACUAUAUAUUUGCAAUGGAUGGUAAAACUUGGCAAAUAGUAAAAGACCAUUUUCCCGAGGAAAUGGAAAUUCUUUUAACGCGGGGAUCAAUUUACGCUCGAAUGUCGCCGGAUCAGAAACAGGCACUAAUUAUAGAACUUCAAAAUUUGGACUAUUGCGUUGCCAUGUGCGGUGAUGGUGCCAACGACUGUGGUGCAUUGAAAGUUGCUCAUGCUGGUAUUUCCUUGAGCGAGACCGAAGCGUCUAUAGCGUCGCCGUUUACCUCACGCAAUCCCACGAUUUCGGCAGUUUUAAAUGUUAUAAAAGAAGGACGCGCUGCAUUAGUCACAUCUUUCGGUAUUUUCAAGUAUAUGGCAGCUUACUCGCUGGUUCAGUUUAUAUCUGUAAUGAUUUUGUAUUCCAUCGACUCGAAUCUUACCGACAAGCAGUAUCUUUAUGUAGAUCUUGGGCUGAUAUCGAUAUUUGCCUUCUUUUUUGGUAAAACUGAAGCAUUUGAUGGAAAUCUAGUAAAACAAGUGCCACUCAGUUCAUUGAUAUCGUCCACGCCACUAGCAUCUCUAUUAAUACAUCUUACUGUUGUAACAGGAUUCCAGGUAACUGGUUGGAUUCAUCUUCAUCAACAGCCCUGGUUUAAACCUUUUCAGCAUGCGGACGAGGAACAUUUGGGUUGCUAUGAAAAUUACACCAUGUUUUGCAUAUCUAGUUUCCAGUACAUAAUACUUGCUUUUGUGUUUUCAAAGGGUGCGCCUUAUCGUAAACCGCUAUGGUCGAACUGGCCACUCUGUUUAGCAUUUAUUGUAAAUGCUUGCGUCAUAGUCUAUUUAGUUAUAUACCCCAGCGACUGGGCAGCCAAUUUUUUUCAGCUAAUUGUACCUCCUGUUAUGAGCUUUCGUUACAUUAUGCUUGUUUACGGAGCAGCAGCAUUUAUUUGUCAUGUUUUUGUCGAGUCCUUUUUAGUUGAAUAUUUAGUCUUCAAAAAAUACCAAGUUAAGCGGGAUCAAAACUGGGUCACAUCGAAGCAAAAAUACAUGCGCCUGGAGUACGACAUUUCGAAAAUAGAUAAUUGGCCACUCAUAACUGAAGUUUACGAACCAAAUAAUUGUACCGACUGGGAAAUAGACCAGCCCACAUAUGUCAGUUUGCGUGCUGAACAAAAUCAUGAUAUGCAACUUGGAAAAUUUCCUGGAUUUCUAUAGAAAAUUUCUUGAAAUAAUAAAAUAUAGUUAAUAAAAAGUGCGAUAAAAUCUCGCCGAUACCUUUGUACAUUUUAGUAUUGCCAAUUGCUUAGUUUUAAAAAAUGCAUAAUAAUCAUUGUAAGGGAUUUAGUCAAAACUAUUUUGUUCCUAUAUAGUUUCGCCAUAUAACUGUAAGAUAUACCAUCCAGCAAAAUUGUACUUACAUCGAAGUAAACUUUGUACAAACUCUUCAUAAUAUGAUUGGUCUUACUAUGUUUAUAAUGGCGGUUAUGUAUUCUUAAUUAUCGUUAAGUGUUUAAUGUUUAGUAAGCGCUCUAAUUUCUUUUUGGCUGUACAUUACUUAAUUCGAGUAGGUGUAACUUAUUUUUUGUUAACUAUUUUCUUCUCUUUCUUAAAUGUAUUAGAUAAUAAAUAUAAUAAAUAAC